AUGGCGGCUCCAUGCUGUAGUGUGCCUGCCUUCUGGGUCCUGGGCACGAAUAAGCGUUUAGGGGGUCUCUUGACGCUCAUCUCUAAGUCAUUUUGUUCCGCGGCUACUGCCUCUAGGCCUCUGAGCGCUCAGAAGUUAGCAGAGAAGCUUCGAGCCCAGAAACAGGAGCAAAAGAAGCAAAAGCUGCCGGUACCUAAAAACCCUGUUCAGCGGAGGGUGCAAGAGCUGGUGCGAUUCACGCAGCAGCUGCAGCGAGUUCAUCCCAACGUGCUUGCCAAGGCACUGACUCGCGGGAUUCUCUACCAAGACAAGGACCUCGUGGUCAUCAAUAAGCCUUAUGGUCUCCCUGUUCACGGUGGCCCUGGGGUCCAGCUCUGCAUCAAUGAAGUACUGCCCAUCAUGGGAAAGAUGCUUCAUGGCCACAAAGCAGAGCCUUUGCAUCUAUGCCACCGGCUGGAUAAAGAAACCACAGGUGUAAUGGUUUUGGCUUGGGAGAAGGAAGUGGCACAUCAGGUUCAGGAGUUGUUUAGAACCCGUCAGGUGGUGAAGAAGUACUGGGCCAUCACUGUGCGAGUCCCCAUGCCAUCUGCAGGAGUGGUGGAUAUCCCCAUGAUUGAGAAGGAGGUUCAAGGGCAGCAGCAACACCACAAGAUGACUCUGGCUCCAACCUACCAUAUGGACAAUGGGAAAAUGGUGAAAGGGCGGGCCAGCCGGAAUGCCCACAUCGCUGUCACACAGUACCAGGUCCUUAGCAGCACUCUGUCUUCGGCACUCCUGGAACUGCAGCCCAUUACUGGAAUAAAGCAUCAACUUCGAGUUCACCUGUCAUUUGGACUAGAUUGCCCAAUCCUUGGUGAUCAUAAGUACUCAGACUGGAAUAGGUUGGCCCCUCAGAAGCUUUCUGUUGGCACCCUGAAGAAGCUGGGGCUGCAGCAGUCGAAGGCCCGCCACAUUCCCCUUCACCUGCAUGCCCGGCAGCUGGUCCUGCCUGCCCUGGGGUCCCGGAAGGAGGAACUCAACUUGGUCUGCAAGCCUCCUCGCUUCUUUGUACAUUCUGUGCGCCGUCUGGGUUUGGUGAUGCCAAGUCAGGACCAAAGCGGAGACAACCAAGCUGGACAACCAGGAGCACAGUGAAGACUGUUGAGCUGUUUGACCCUGAACUCUUUCCUUUGUUUCAUGGAACUAGCUUCUCACUUGAAUAGACUCCAGAGGAGCCAUGUGGAUAAGUUGAGGAAUCUUCACCGCUUCAGACUUUUUAUUGGAGUAUAAAGUCUGUUUGCUGAAAGUUUGAUCACACUAUGGAAAGGCCUGCUGGAAGUCUCCCUGUCAUCCAGUGUCUUUACCAGGAGCCAAGGGCCAGGCAGACUGGGGAGAACUGAAGAACAGAGUCCAGUCAAGAACUGUUUCCAUCCAACAGAAAAGCUUGUGAGCGAUCGGAAAACACUCCUGUGGCUGGAAAGAACUCGUUAUGCUUAAACGCAUGGAAUCUGAGGGUUCUAUUGGAACUAGAAUGUGGGUGCUGUACUGCACAAGUGGUGAUGAAGCCUGAGAAGGGGGUGUAGGGUGGGGUAUUUGAUAAGGAAGGGAACUACCAGCUGGGUAACAGAAGUGAGUGAAGCUGGUGGGGUGUAAGGCGUGGUGGGGACAAUAAACCAAGGAACACACACACACACGCACACACACAC